AGAUAAGUGACUUCAUCCUCAGUUCCUGGAAAGAUCCGUCUAUAACUGUAUAUAAGAGCUGGUGUUUCUCUGGUUCAGGACGACUGAAGCUACAGACACUGAGAAGGAAGAAGAGAAGAUCGUUCUGCAGCAGGUAAUCAUCAUCUUCAACAUCUGCAUCAUCUCCACCAUGAAGACGCUGACUCUGUCUGCACUUCUUUGUGCCAUGAUGGCUCUGACCAGAGCUGCUGCUCUUCCAGACGCAGAGGCUGGACCUGGGUCAGAGGGAUCUGCUGUCCAAGCAGAGAGUCGUGUUGUCAAGAGGUCCCCAUGUUGUCCUGAGGGUUGGACUGCUUUCAACAGUCGCUGUUUCCUCUACGUUGCAAAAGCCAUGAGUUGGGCUGUGGCUGAGACAAACUGUCAGUUCCUGGGUGGAAACCUUGCAUCUGUUCACAACAUCCAGGAGUACCAAGAGAUUCAGAGGACGAUAGUGAAAGACUCUCAUAAUCAAGGAGAAACAUGGAUCGGAGGGUCUGAUGCAGAACAGGAGGGAUUUUGGUUCUGGAGUGAUGGUACACCUUUCAGCUUUACUCAGUGGUGUCCUGGACAACCUGAUAACUUUCAAGGUCAUCAGAACUGUCUGCUAAUGAAUUUUUCAGAUCUGAAAGGCUGGGAUGACCGUGGUUGUGAAGCUCAGUUCCCAUCUGUCUGUGUCAGAAAUGUCUGAUAAAAGCACAAACACUGAUUUGUGCUUUUGAUUUCUGUUUGUCUCUCUGUGAGGAAACUCGUCUCUCUUCAGCCACCAGUCUCAUAUUUGACCGGAAGGCUCUAUAUCUCAUUUCACAUCUUUAUUUCUUCUCUAUCACUGUAACGCUACUUAAGGAGCGAAGCCACAUGUGACAUAAACAGCAGCUGGAUUGUCUCUGUCUCUAUACGAGCAGACUGAAUAUGUAAUGAAAAGAAAGCUUUUAGCACAACUUUAUUCUGCAGACUGAACUGUUCUUUCUUCUCUUAUGCAAAAUUAAAAGUCUCAAGCAUUGAAACAA